AUGGCGGCGACUGUGAUCCUGGGGCCCGCGGGCAGCUGCUCCUGGGACGAGCCCGCGAACAUCGUGGUGCGUGGGCUGGCCCCGGGGCAGAAGGUCACGCUGCGCGCGUCCCUGCGCGAUGAGAAGGGCGCGCUCUUCCAGGCCCACGCGCGCUACUGCGCAGACGGCGGCGGCGAGCUGGACCUGGCGCGCGCGCCCACGCUGAGCGGCAGCUUCGUGGGCCUCGAGCCCAUGGGGCUCAUCUGGGCCCUGGAGCCUGAGAAGCCCUUGCUGCGGCUGGUGAAGCGGGACGUGCAGACGCCCUUCGCGGUGGAGCUGGAGGUGCUCGAGGGCCACGAGCCCGAGCCACAAAAGGUCCUGGGCCGGGCGGUGCACGAGCGCUACUUCCUGCGGCCUGGGGUACGCAGGGAGCCGGUGCGCGCGGGCCGGGUGCGCGCCACGCUCUUCUUGCCUCCAGGCAUGGGGCCCUUCCCUGGAGUCAUCGAUCUCUUUGGAAGUGGUGGUGGCCUUUGUGAAUACAGGGCCAGCCUCCUAAGUGGACAUGGUUUUGCUGUGCUUGCUCUGGCUUAUUUCAGAUUUGAAGACCUUCCUGAAUAUUUGAAUGAUGUGCACCUGGAGUAUUUUGAAGAGGCUGUGGACUUCAUGCUGCAGCAUCCGAAGGUGAAAGGCCUGAACAUUGGGCUUCUUGGCUUCUCCAAAGGAGGUGACCUGUGUCUUUCAAUGGCUUCCUUCUUGAAGGGCAUCACAGCCACUGUACUUAUCAACUCCUGUGUGGCCAAUACAAUAACUCCUCUAGAUUACAAGGAUAUGACUAUUCCUAGUCUUGGCAAUGACCUAGGGAAACACACAAUCACUGAGUCAGGCCUUAUGGAUUAUGUGGAUACUUGGAAUAACCCACUGGAAGAACCUAACCGCCAAAGUCUCAUUCCAUUUGAAAAGGCCCAGGGGCCCUUCUUGUUUAUUGUUGGCAAUGAUGAUCAUAACUGGAAGAGUGAAUUAUAUGCUCAUAUAGCUUCUGAAUGGUUACAAGCCCAUGGGAAAGACAGACCUCAGAUAAUCUACUACCCAGGAGCUGGUCAUUAUAUUGACCCACCUUAUUUUCCUCCUCAUAUUGCCUCAGUGCAUGGAUUUUUGGGCCAAGCAAUGUUCUUUGGAGGUGAGCCAAGGGCUCACUCAAGAGCACAGGUGGAUGCCUGGCAGCAAAUUCAAACCUUCUUCCAUAAAUAUCUUGAUGGUAAAAAAUCUGUUAAGCACAGCAAAAUAUAA